AUGGCGGGCGAAGUGUUCAUAAAACUCGGAGAUACUAUACCAAUUGUUGUAGCAGGAAUUCCCAAACGGUGUCGAUGCAAUCCUAUUGGUUCCAUAUCAACUGCCUGCGACAUUGUAUCAGGACAGUGUCAGUGUACGCCCCAUGUAGCUGGCAGACAGUGCGAUCAAUGUAUGAUUGGUUUUUGGGGUCUAACAACGGGAGCAGGAUGUGCUCCUUGUGGAUGCGAUCCUAUAGGAGCAUACAAUUCUUCCUGUCACGAUACCUUAGGACAAUGCUACUGCAAGCCAGGUGUGGGUGGCACACGUUGCGAUAACUGUCUACCUGGGUAUUACGGAUUUUCUUCGAACGGAUGUCAAGUUUGCGACCCAUGUGUGCGACCAGGUCACAUCUGUGAUCCUGACACAGGUCGAUGCGUGUGCCCAACCUUGACCUUCGGUGAACAUUGCGACAGGUGCAGACCAGGUUCCUGGGACCUGGUCCCAGGUGUUGGGUGCAGGCUCUGUGCGUGCACCCUUGGCUCUACGAAGCCUCAGUGCGAUCUCCAAGGACAAUGUCCUUGUAGAAUAGGCUACGAUGGACUUAGAUGUGAGAGAUGCGCCAAAGGGUACUAUGGCUACCCUAGGUGUCGACCUUGCAGUUGCAACGUGGCCGGUACCUUGCAAUGUAAUAACGAAACUUGCAGUUGCAAUGACGAUGGACAGUGUCCUUGCAAGGAACACGUGAUUGGAAGACAGUGUAACCAGUGUAAAGAAGGUACGUUCGGUUUAGCGUUGGACAAUCCAAAAGGAUGCACUGAAUGCUUCUGUUUUGGAAGAGCAACUUCUUGUCACCAGGCUGGCCUCAGUUGGGGUCAACGGAGAUUAACACGUUCACGAAUCCUUUACAUCAAUGAUACCAGCAACGAUAUAGUAGUUUCGAAAUUUAGAUCACAAAUUUUUUUAUCUCCCGCUAAUGGCGGAUUGAAUGUAACCAAUGGACUUUCAACGAUUCCUGAUGUCGAGGGUGAUGUCACGAUACCAUCGCAUUUAUAUUAUAAUUAUCCACUCUAUUGGAUGCUCCCAGAACCUUUUCUUGGAGAUAAGGUCGUAUCCUAUGGAGGAUUUUUAAGAUUCACUACCUUAACAGAAGGUGGAAUACCUCUAAGAUCAACCUUUCAAUAUCCAAUCGUGCAGAUACAAGGGAACAAUAAAAUUGUCUUAGAAUACUAUUUACCUGUGCUUACGAAUAGCAAUCAUUAUGAAGUCAGAUUUCACGAGUCUUUAUGGCAACUGCAAAACAGACCUGAUUACAAAGUGACAAGAGAGGUUCUCAUGGUUGCGUUGCAAAAUUUGCAAUAUAUUCUAAUAAAAGCAUCUGAUAAUGCAGAAUUUAUAAAAACAACCUUACUCGAAGCUUCUUUAGACGUUGCUGUUUUAACACCUACACACACACCACAACUUGCGACUGGUGUUGAGAUUUGCAAAUGUCCCCCAGAAUAUAACAGUACAUCUUGUCAGGAUCCAAGUAUCGGGUACUACCGAUGGCAUAAAAACACUACCGUUACAUCUAUCAUUGUUAUAAAUCUCAUUGGAGAAGCCAAACGCUGUCAGUGUAAUGGAAGAUCAGAUAUUUGUGAUAUAGAAACAGGAUAUUGUUUGAAUUGUCGAGGAAAUACAGCAGGACCAAGGUGUGAUAUUUGUGCAGAUAGUUUCUAUGGUCAUCCAGACUAUGGCUGUAAACCAUGUCCCUGUCCACAAGUGGAUAAGAGAUUUUCAAACACUUGUGUGGUUCUUGCCAAUACUGAACCAAUCUGUGUCUGUAAACCUGGCUACACUGGCAGAAAGUGCGAGCGAUGUACUCCUGGAUAUUAUGGAUUUCCGCAUCUCCCUGCUGGAAAAUGUGUACCAUGCGACUGCAAUUCUGCUGGAAGUUUGAGCGAUGAAUGCAACACGGAAACAGGACAAUGCAGAUGCAGAGCUGGUUCCACGGGUCGUGAUUGCUCCCAAUGCACUGCGUAUCGUCAUGUUUAUAUAAAUAACAUCUGCACAUCAUGCAAUGAUAAUUGUACUGGUAUCCUACUCGACACUGUGGCUACACUUUCUCAAGAAUUAGCUGAGGGUACUAGUCAUAUAAUCAAUGGUUACAUUCCUCCCCCAUGGGAAGAUUUAUCUUACAUCGAGUCCAAUGCGAGCACGUUCUUGGGCGAAAUAAAUCUUCAGAAUAAAUUGAAGCAAAGAAUGAAAAAUGUUCCCUGGCACGAGUACAGAAAGCUCAUGAAACACGUUGAGAUGUUACUAAGAACUGCGAAUGAACGCGCUAAACGUGGAGAUACCAUGACAUCAAAGACUUAUGAUUUAAAGAAUAAUAUAUUUAGCGCGAAAAUCGAAAUUGACAAUUUGGAUCAAUAUAUAGAAGAUACAAUUUCGCUAUUGAACCAAUAUAGUAAUGACAAUAAAAGGAUAGAAAUCAAGAAAGCACUAAAAAUCGCAAAAAUGAUUUUGAAUGGUUUAAAGGCCAUAAAUUUAACAAAGAAGACAAUGGAAAUAGAAAGUUUCCUCGACGAUGUCGCAGAAUAUACUGAUUGGUUGAAUUCCUUGUACGAUGCAACGGAACCAUUAGCGAUUGCUCAAGACGAUGUUGAAGAAUAUUCUAUAAAACUAAAUGACAUGAGAAACAUCAUAGAAGACACCAUGGAAACGCUAUUCACGUAUGAUGGUUCAUACAACAAUAUUAAUAAAACGCUUUUGGAAGCUAGAAAUAGCUGCAACGAGAUCAAGAUGAUACGCAGCACUAUUAAUGCAUCCCUUACAGAAGGUGAAAAGUUGACGAAUGAAACGCAUGAUUUCAUCACAGAUUUCCAAAAUAACGCUCUAGAUCUUCCGGAAUUGCGAAACAAAUUAACAUACUGGUUUGAUAAAUUGAGUAUGAAAGAGGAACUGCUGUAUAGAUUAAAUUACGAAUAUAACGACACGUACGUGAUACCCGCGGUUACACACGUGAGGAAUUUAUCAAACUACGUUGAUCAGUAUGUCAGUCUGUUUUCCGAAACAAGAAACAUCGCAGCUAGCCCACUGAAGGCCAGUCAGGCAUACAAGAAUAUCGUCGAUAGCAUAAGAACUGCGAAUAUCACAGCAAUGGAAGCUAAAGAUAUUGCUGACGAGAUGUACAAUAUGACAUAUCCUGAUGGUCCUCAAUCAAAGUCACUCUUGGACAACGCUAAUGAAAUAUCUCUAGCAUCAUCCAAACAGAAAGACACUGCAAAGAACCAUGGAAAGCUAGUAGAAGAUGCGAGUGAUGAAUUGGAAUCUCAAAAGGAAGUUGUGAAUACUUUGAAAAAUACUCUGAACAAGACUGGAAUCAAAGAUAACGAGAUCAAUGUAAAAUUGCAAAUUUUGCAAAAUAAUAGUGAGAAAUUACAUGAACAAGCAAAAAAUAUAUUGGACGAAAAUGAGAAGAUAUUAGAAACUGUUAAGACCACGCAGAAAUUAAUUGAAGAUUACAAGGAAGGAAUUGUUGAUAGAUUGAAACCAAAAUUGCACGAAUUAAAAAGAGAAGGCGAUUCAAAGAUUAGCUUAGCCAAUGAGAAAAUGUCAGAAGCACUUAGCAAUAUAAAGAAAGCAGAUGCGAAAUUAAUAAGUCUAUCGAAUGCCGCCGUGAAAAGAAAAAACGUAUUUGACAAAUGGAAUGAUACGUUGGCUAUAAAGUUACAGAACUUGAAAGACAAAAUUGCUGAAGCCAGAAACACUGCUGAUGGAAUUCGCGUUUCUUUGAAAUCAGCAGAAGGAAAAGAAUGUAGUAGAUCCUACAGACCAUCAACAUUACAGCCAACAUCAACAAACACUAUUGUGAUGACCUUUGCUCUUCCAAAAGGGAAGAAAGAAGGUUCUCUAUUCUAUUUGCCAAGUAGUAUAAAUGAUGAUUUCAUUGCUCUGGAGAUCAUUGAUAGGAGAGUAAGGUUCGUGUGGAAUGUUGGAGGAGGUACGGGAAUCCUUACACAUCCGGAAGUGAUACAGAACGGCAAUCUUCAGGAUGACAGGUUCUGGUAUCGCGUCGAAGCUGAAAGAGUACGUCACUUAGGUAAACUGCAUGUACGAAAGCAAGCAUCAACAACUAAAGGACAUCCACCCGUGAGAAAUUCAACAGACUCUGAGUAUGGCCGUUUCGACAUUACCACCACAGAUCGUGUAUGGAUAGGAAAAAUUCCCAGAUCAGAACGAAGAAGAACCGAACUUAUCGCGUCUAAUGGACUUCCAGGAUGUGUACACCAAGUCAUCCUGGAUGGAAAACCUAUUGGCCUUUGGAAUUUCAUUACAACUGCACCGGAUAUGGCUUGCGAAGCCUGCGUAGAAGGAGUGGAAGAUGCUAAAGAUGACAAUUACAACUUCAAUGGAGAAGGAUAUGCAGUCAGAAACCGAGUUUCUUCAGCACCAUAUAAUAAAUAUUCAUUUGGGGUAUCGAUCAGCUUCCGAACAUAUGACGAAAAUGCUCUGCUAUUUCUGGCUAUUAACCCAGAAAAUAAUCAGCACAUCAUGAUAUUCCUGAGAGAAGGAAAAGUGAUUCUGCACAUCGGUUACGGUGGUAAUGUUAGCAUGGAUAUGUCCUCGAACUUCAAGUACAAUACUGGAAACUGGACAAAGGUGGAUGCAUCUAGGCACUAUCAGCAACGCAAAAAUAUUGAGAAAUGUAGUUUAAGUAUUGGAGGAGGAAAUGAUAACAGAAUUGGUGCACCUACACCUCAGCCUAAGAAAGAGGACAUACCUGAUUUCCUCCAGGCUAAAUAUUAUAUCGGUGGCGUGCCACCGAGUUUCCGUACAGACAAAUUAAUGUUACCCUCACAAGUGUCUUUCCUUGGUUGUAUGUCUAAUAUCAUGCUUGAAGAAGGCUAUGAUCCAAUGGCAGAACAGUAUUAUGGCGUCGAGCCUACUUGUGGAAAUAAGCCAUUAAGGAUAGUAGGAUUUUACGGAGAUGGAUAUUUGCAACAUUCAGCAUAUACACUGCGUAAAAUAAAUUCUACAGUGAGUUUCUCCUUUAGAACAAUGCAAGUGGAGACUGUACUUUUCCUUUCUACCUUCGAAGGACAAGAAGAACGUAUGCCUAUUAUACGACACAUGAACGAUGAGUCGAAUAAAAGGAGCUAUUAUUCUGUAUGCAUAAUCAAUGGACAAGUACAAGUACGUUUGAACGCUGGAAGAGGAGAGCUCGUUUUACAAUCGAAUGAGACUUUCAAUGACGGAAGAUAUCAUUCAGUAACAAUAAUCAAAAGGCGAAAAGAAGUCGAAUUACGAAUAGACGAUGCCUAUCAAAGCGCAGGUAAACUACCUACCAGCGCUGCUAUCAGAGCUCCUGAGGGAAGUGGAGGACUGUUCUUUGGAGGUUUACCAGUACUUAUUAACAAUACUAACAUGAUUUCGACCACUACCCCUUUAUAUGGUGCCAUUAAAGAUGCGAUAUUUAAUGAUGAAAUUAUCCGAUUCGAUGAAGCUAUUAAUUUCGAGCAUGCAUUGAUUGGUCGUUCUGGACCAAGCAUGGGAAGAGAUCCUCCUACCUAUACACCAUCAGCGUCGUUAUCCAGGGGAAUGUCUACUCAACCCGAAGGAUGCCAAAAAGUGCCAUAUUAUUCUCUGGAAGCUGGUGCUCUAAAAUUCGGAGACAAACCAAAUAGUCAUACACAACUUUAUUUAAACUUCAAAAAAUUUUGGGAGAAGAAAUACGCGAUAGAAUUUGAUUUCAGGACAUAUUAUCCGAAUGGCUUACUGUUUAUUACUCCAGGCCUUAGACCAAAACACUACCUCAUGGUCGUCAUACGAGAUGGACAGCUUUUACUUUUAGUGAAAAGCAAGCAAAAGAAAGAGUUAUUAUUUAAAACUCCGUUUAAUGAUGGUAACUGGCAUCAUGUAGUGAUCAGUCAUGAAGAAAGAAAAUUAACGUUGCUUGUGGAUUCUCAAACACCACGCACAAUUAAAGUGCCAAGAAAGAUUGGACUAGCCUCUAUGAUGUAUAUUGGAGGCUUACCUGAGAGUGGGACUCCGAUUCCUGAACAAGUUGUAGUUAAACUUGAGACUCUAAAAGGGUGUAUCAGAGGAUUGAGGAUUAAUGGGAACGUAUAUGAUAUGGUUGGUUCUACUAGCAGAGCCUAUCAAGUGGGUCAAUGUUUCCCAAAUGUAGAAAGUGGAGCUUAUUUCCAGGAUGAAGCAUAUGCUAUAUAUAAAAGGAACUUUGAAUUAGGUGCUGUAUUGGAGCUUCAGUUGGAAUUUAGAACAUCAGAAUUGUCGGGUGUUUUGCUUUCGAUAACAGCACCCGGUAAUUCACCUUCAUUAUCAUUGGAGUUGAAUAAUGGUAAAGUGAUCAUGUCAGGCGAUUUGGGAGAUAACAAACCGUUGUAUGUAGAACAACGUUUUACUAGUCCAUACACGAUUUGUGACAAUCGAUGGCACAGAAUACAAGCAGUUUAUAAUGACGAAGAGUUGGCAUUAAAAGUCGACGAGAUGGAUCAAAAGUAUGGCCUUCCAGCUAACGUUAAUUAUCAUAUAAUGGAUUCUACAGUCUCUGGACCUCUAUACAUUGGUGGUUUACCAGCCUCUGCUCCAAAAGGUACAUUAAUAACAAGAGAUCAUUUCAAUGGGUGUAUAAGAAACGUAAUGAUAGGGGGAGAGAGACGAGAUUGGACAGACAUGGAUGAAUUGCAUAAUAUUCACUUGAGCUCCUGCCCAGUACAAUGAUAAUCAGUACAAUGUGUGAACUCCUCUGAGUCAUUCAAUUUAGUUCCAAAGACUGUUCAAAGGACACACAAUGCUCGAAAGGUUUCUAUGAACUGUGUUCAAUGCAAUUUCACA